CUCCCCUCCCCCCAAAGAGGAAAUGUCAGUCUCCGCUUAUGAUAUGUUUUAGUUUUAUUAUCAACUGGAUAACUGGCCCGGUCAGCCAGCAUACAGUUAAAAUAGAGGGUUAAUAAGUAUAAGUAGUUAGCAAGUAUAAUUAAAGUAUUUUGAAAAUAUGUACGUAAAGUAUUUCUUCGGAAGCAAUGAGCAGGUCAUUGCGCACCUCGAACAGCACCUGCAGUGUCCCAUGCAGCACCUGGGAGCUCCGGGCUUCAUAUGACUGCGCAUCACUAGUCCUGUAGAUGGCAAUUGAAGGAAGGUUUUCUGCUUGCUGCACAAGUUGCCAAGUAUUCUGGCGACUUUUGGAGAAGCAAACGGAAUCGCCCCGGUCAGAUCUUCAAAAGAUGGUGUUACUGACAAAUGUUGCACCUCCGAGCGAAGGCAUUUGGCAUGAAGAACCCGAAACGACUGUGUUUUUGGACGGAAAGGGACUUGGAUCUGGGACACUCUACGUAACAGAAACUCGCCUGUCGUGGUUUGAUGGGUCCGGAAUGGGCUUCUCCCUCGAGUACCCGUCGAUCACCUUGCAAGUCAUCACGCACGACCUGGGCGUGCACCCGCAAGAGCACCUCUACUUGGUGGUGAACUCCGGAAUGAGCGAUGUCUCUAAAAAGCACAGUAAAACUGAGGAGGAUGAUGAUGAGGAAGGUGAUGGGAGCAGUGAUAGUGAACACUCCUCCUGUCCCGUGUCAGAGAUUCGUUUUGUGCCUGGUAAUAAAGCUUCACUGAAGUCCAUGUUUUCUGCCAUGUGCGAGUGUCAGGCUCUUCACCCCGACUCUGAGGAUUCAGACUCAGACUUUGAAGGUGACGAAUAUGACGUGGAGGAAGCAGAGCUGGGCCAAGAACAUCUGCUUGACAUUUAUGAAGAAGGCAUGGCGUACCUGAGCCUCGAGGGUCAGGACACGGUAGAGUCCUUGGAGGAGGUGCCGGAGAAGUCUCCAGCACAACAAUUGCACGUGGCUGGCGUUCGGACUGAGAGUAUCCCUACAGGAGAAAACAAGAAAGACUUGGGCCACCCGGUGGAGAGAGGGGAGUUUGCAGAUGCUGAUGUUGGUCACUGCACAGAUCCUGAUCUUGUGAUUCAGACCAGACCACUCCAGCAGAAGGGAAGUUCAAAGCCUCAAGGCAACUGAGACUCAAGAACCUGCUAGGGCCAUAAAUGUUACUUGUGUAGUUUGAUUCUGUUUACCUGUCAAUUUCUUUUCCGAUACUAAUGUGCACAAAUCGCUGUCACGUUACUGUUAGUAACAUAACAGCAUCACAUCUGACGCACACUUUGUAUAAAAUUUAGUUUACAAAAAAUAAAUUUAUAUUAACAAAACACUGAGUAAAAACAAGCAGGCAUAUCAUUAAUUGAGGGGAAGAGUCGCCCAUUUAUUUGGCUUUGAUUGGACUGUAGCUUUUGCAUAAGAGCAGACCUUCUACCUAAUACUGUAAUUAAGGCUGUUUCCAAAUUACCAACCGCGGUCUAGCGUGACUGCUUUCGUUUACAGCAGCAUUUUUUAGGUGUUCUGUUCCUGGAAACAUGGCACCAGUGAUGACUGGACUUGCUAAGACUUUACCCCUAAAAGAAAACCAAUAAGUGAUUAGAUUACAAAUACUACAAUGGUGUGUGUGUAAUGUGUAAGCAAUAAAGAGAAUGAAGAUGA